GUUGUUGUUAUUUGUCCAGUAAGUUAAAUUAUUGUUUACUCGAUAUUAUUUUAUUAAUUUAAAUUCUAAAGUACCGCGGUUACUCAUUCACUGAACUAACGUAGCAAGGCAUUUAUGAAUAAUUAGACAAAUGCCUCAAACAGGAAACCAGAUUUUCAAAAAUUAAUUGAACAGAAUGUCAGUGGUUCUAGAUGACAAGACGGAGUUUAUGACAAACCCUUUUUUUAAACCAUCCGAGCCGAGCAAUUAUCAAACUUUUUACGUGACUCUUGGUGUGUGCACAGUUUUUGCAUUUGCACUGCUCAUUGUCAACUUGUUUCUGUGUUGUUUUUCUAAACACAGACAUUAUUGGAGAAAUAGCGAAACAGGUAAUCGUUACAUACUACCAAUUUGGAUCAAGACACCUGCAAAACAAGCUCCUCUUGAUCUGAGAGAGUUAGAAACAAACUUUUCAAAACCAAAACCUGUUUAUGACUCUGGUGUGCCUCAAGAAUUUGUUGAGCUCCAUAAGAAAGAGAGUGACAUUUAAACUACACUAUGAUUCACGUAUUUUCACCUUUGUUGUUGUUGUUGGCCAUGUUUGUACUAUUUGUAAUCAUUGCUAUGGUAAGAUAUGGGGGGCGUUUCUGUUCGGUACACAGGGAAUCAGUAAAUUACAAUAAUUAUAAUGACGAAUAUGUAGAACAAGUAUCUUACGCUUAAAUUAAUUUGAAUUCUUAAGCCACUGCAGCCUCAAAAAAACAUGGGUUAGUUUUAUUAAAUUUUAGCAGUUAAUUAGACAUACUAUUAUUACAAAAUGUCUUAUAUAUAAUUUAAUCACUUUAUAACAAGACAUUAGUUACUUUAAAAACAUUGAAUUAAUAAUGAGA